ACCCCCAGCACCGCCCCAAUCACCACCACCUCCCCUCCACUACUGCCAUCGAUAUCACUAUCCAAGUUGAUGGAACAGAGGCUGGGGAAAGGCAGCAAAGAGACGGCAGAGGGAGGUAACAAUUCCAAAUAAGAAUGGAAACUAAUACUGCUUUCAGAGUGUUUUGGAAAACAAAGGAGUGGGAUGUGAGAAAAUCGACAUUUAUUUCAGACCAGGAAAUUCCACUUUCAUUGAGAAGAAGAUAUUUUAAAAGGAAGAAAAAGAGCAGACCAUCAAGAGACCCUGAAGACUAUGAUCAGCAACAGAUUGUUGAUCAAAUGAUAACAUUUCCCUGUUCCAUAUGCAAGUGUGAAAUUGACCUACAUGAAAGUUUCCUCCAUAAAAAGCAACACGUGGCUUGGGCCACCCUGGGGUUUCAGUGGAUGGGUGGAAAGAAACAAGGACCUUCAGUGAUUGCCAUUCAGAGGCAGUUCAUAAUUGCCAAACUAUUGUCAUCUUCUGUAUUCACUGAAAAAAUCCUACAGAGCAUUAAUAAUGCUUUGGAGAUACUUUGGAAGAAACAAAUACCAGCAUAUUAUAAGAUUGUUGAUAACGUUCAUAGGAGUUCCAUAUAUCCUCAAACAAUCCAUCAUCUAUUGAUUAAAGGUGUUGGGAUUUGUGAAGACAGAAAUUCUACAUGGAGAGCUCACAUGAAUGAUAAAUUCACUGUAGUGAAUCAUUUUGGCAACAAACCCAAUAUGUGUUUUUUUGGUUUGUUUGAUGGACAUCAUGGCGUCUCAGCAGCAGAGUUGACAUCCGUGGAACUCCCAGUUUUACUUCUCCAUCAACUUUCCAGAUUUGACCCUUCCUACCAAAUGACCCCUGAAGAGAAAAACAUCAUCAAAUCCUUUCACACAGUAUUUAGAGAAGAAUACAUAGCUAUAGAAGAACUUUUCUCCUCCAUAAAGAAAAGGACAAAAUCAUCAAAAUGUGAGUAUGAGAACAUCCACAAAGCCUUUGCAAAAGCAUUUUGGAGAAUGGAUAGGCUUUUACGUCUUGGAAGAAAAGAAGUAUCCAGCGUUCGAUGGAGCGGCUGUUCCGCAGUUACUUGUAUAUUGGAAAGCAACAGCAAAAAUCCCUUUGUUAAGAAGAGAAUCAGUAAGCGUACUGGUGUGGCAGAGAGUUUCCCUUCCCAGAUGACAUCACAAAUAAUUUCUGGAGUAUUGCAUGUUGCAAACACUGGUAAUGUACAAGCAGUCUUAUGCAGAAACGGAAAAGGCUUUUGCAUAACCAAAGAACAUACUACGCGAAACAUAAACGAAAGAAGAAGAUUACUUCAGAAUGGAGCAAUGAUUACUUCAAACGAACCAUAUGGGCUCCUAGAAGGGCAAAUGAAAACCACACGAGGACUUGGAUUUCAUGGAAAUCUCAAACUGAAAAAAUCCAUUAUUCCAGCACCUCAUACUAUCUCUGUCCCUAUCGAUGACUUAUGCCAAUUCCUUAUCUUAGCUACUAACGGACUCUGGGAAGUUUUGGAUACAAAGGAAGUCACUGCAUUGGUAAUGACAAUGUUUGAAGUGUAUAAAGAAACCUGUUUUGUCAAACAAAACAAAUCUUUACCAUCCAAAGAGCCUCCAUUUUCCCCAAUCAAUGAACCAAGCAAUACUAAAUCAGAAACUAACAUCCGUGUACUAUUUCAGUAUAUACCUCAAUCUACAAAAUCUGUGUCAACUACAUACUUAAAAAAAAAUGUGUCUGAUUAUUCUAUUUCUAAAAAUGCACAAACAUUUCCACCAGAAAUGAUUAACCAUGAUCUUUGCAGUGAGAGAGAAGCUAAAGGACCAACGAAUGUAGAUGAUGUGCCAAAACACUCAAGUGAAAAAGAAAAAGCAGCAUGUACUAAUAAAAAUUUCUAUGAAGGUGCAGCCAAGUAUAUUAGCCAUGAACUUGUACGUGCUGCCUUAGUGGCUGGCUCCAGAGACAACAUUACAGUCAUGGUAAUACUUCUCAAUGGAAGUGAGCAUCAGUUUUUGACAUAA